UGUCAGAGGAGCUUGGACUAGAAAACCUGGACUAUCACAGUUUGUUUCUCUUCUGUUUGUUAGAUUUACUUUGUUUUAAUUCAAAUUGCUGUCCAAAUGUCUGCUGACUGAUGAGAAACAGGAAGAAUUCACACUGAAAUGGCAUCAACGGACAACGGGACAUGGCCUCGUCAUUCCUACAUCCCCCAUUAUCUCCUCAGUGAUGACCCUUUCACCUCCAAACUGUCGAGGGAGGCCGACAUUGUUGCAGGUUGUUACAUCGGUGUCAUAGGUAUCCUGUCUGCAGUAGGGAAUGGCUUUGUCAUUUAUGUGGGCAGCAGACAAAAGACCAAGUUGAAGCCACCAGAGCUGAUGACUCUUAAUUUAGCCAUUUUUGACUUUGGCAUUUCAGUGGGUGGAAAACCCUUUUUUCUUGUGUCUAGUUUCUGCCACCGCUGGGUGUUUGGCUGGUAUGGCUGCCGCUACUACGGCUGGGCGGGCUUCUUCUUUGGCUGUGGGAGUCUCAUCACGAUGACUUUGGUCAGCCUGGACCGCUACCUCAAGAUCUGUCACCUCAAAUACGGCUUGUGGCUGAAGCGGCAUCAUGUCUUCCUGUGUCUGGCCUUUGUGUGGAUAUACGCGGCCUUCUGGGCCACCAUGCCCCUGAUCGGCUGGGGUAACUACGCCCCAGAACCCUUUGGGACUUCCUGCACCCUGGAUUGGUGGCUGGCACAGGCAUCUGUGUCUGGUCAGAGUUUUGUCAUGUCCAUCCUCUUCUUCUGCCUCAUUCUUCCUGCUGGUAUCAUCAUCUUCUCUUACGUCAUGAUCAUCUGCAAGGUCAAGUCGUCUGCACAGGAGAUCUCGCACUUUGAUGCCCGUGCCCAGAACAGACAAGCCCUGGAGUUUAAACUCACAAAGGUGGCCAUGCUGAUCUGCACAGGCUUCUUGCUAGCCUGGACGCCUUAUGCCUUGGUGUCAGUGGUGUCGGCUUUUGGCAAGCCAGACUCAGUGCCCAUCCCUGUUUCCGUAGUUCCCACUUUAUUGGCCAAGUCUUCUGCGAUGUACAAUCCUAUCAUCUACCAGCUCAUUAACCUUAAAAGUCCCUGUAGAAAACCAGGCAGUUCAGAAGUCUUCAAGAAACACAAAAAACAUAGAAAGUCAAGGUUCUGCACCGUCUGUGACUCCUUAGAGGGUCCACAACCAGGCACAGAAGCGUGCAUGAAGAUGCAGGAGAUGCAUACAACCAUGUGAUCCCCGCCUACCGCGCCUCACUGGACAAGUCUCCUCUGCUUUCUUUGUUUCCUUCUGUUGCAGUUUGAUGGAGGAAGGACCUCUGCUGGGCGCCCUUCUACCUUUAGAGAACGUAUUCACCUUCGGCUGCUCUAAAAAUAGUUGCGCUUAUGCUGAUGACAUUAAACAUGUUUUUAGCGUCGCGGUAUGAUGCUGCCAUCUGUCUGAAGACGCGUAGAUCAAUAAGGACGUGCAGUAAGUACUGAAAUAUGAAGGAAGUAUUGUUUUUGCAUGCACUACUGAAGCCAUACUCGUACGAGCAUAAAUACACACACUAAUAAAACCACAUCGAUGGACAUCUAUGUGUACACAAGGUGUGACGUGUGUGUGUGUGAGUGAGGACAGACAUGUUUGUCAAAGGUUGGAUGCGUUGUUCAAACUAAGAGAUGUGUAAUAUAUGUGCAGUCUGCGCACGCUUAUGACACCAAAGGUGAAAAUGGAUACUCAUGAAGGAUGAGUUUC